GCUGAUAGCAUACAUUCCUUCCUUUGAAAUUAAAAUUAAAAGUUGUUAUUACCAAAAAAAAUAAAUUAAAAGUUGUUACAAAAAAAUUAGGAGAGAAUGGCAGGUUCAUCAGAAGAGGGACAAGUAAUCAGUAUUCACAACGUUGAUGCAUGGAACGAUGUCCUCCAAAGGGGCAAUGAAUCCAAGAAAUUGAUUGUUGUGGAUUUUACUGCUUCUUGGUGUGGACCAUGCCGUUUCAUUGCACCAUUCCUUGCUGAGCUGGCUAAGAAGUAUACAAAUGCCAUAUUCCUUAAGGUGGAUGUGGACGAACUAAAGUCUGUUGCUCAAGAUUGGGCUGUUGAGGCUAUGCCAACUUUUGUGUUUGUGAAAGAAGGAACCAUUUUGGGCAAAGUGGUAGGAGCAAAGAAAGAGGAGCUACAGCAGACAAUAGAGCAACAUGUUUCAUCAGCCAAUGCUUAAUUUUGUUGCUGGUGUUUGUAGCUUCACCUUCUGUGACUUGAUGAUUUAUUUACUGUGAUGUUAUCUUUAUUUUCAAUUGUUAUCUUGGAGUGGAUGUAUCAAAGACUAUUCUAUCUUGUCUUAAAUAAUGGUGGAUGAUAAUGUUAUAUUAAGCAUUCCUAAUUCACAACA